UCUGCUUUCAAUAACCUCCUAUCGCAUCAGAUAUGGCGACAUGGAGACCGAGCGCCAACAAAGACGUUCCGGAGCGAUCCGUUCCAAGAAGCGAACUGGACAUUUGGUGGAGGAGGUUUCGGAGAACUUUCACCUAUCUAUGUCCGUUCGACAGACAGAAAUCGGACAAUAAUAUCGGCUUUGUCAAACAUUAUUGGUAUGUACGGCCCGAAAAGUUAUAGCGCUGUUUCCGAUGUUGACUAUCCUUCUGAAGCGGGAUGGCCCGCUGGAUUUGUCCCAGUAGCCAUCCAUACGGUCGACGGCCACACUGACUAUGUUGCAAAUCCUGACGCUGAUUGUGACCGCCAAGAUCGUCUGUGGAGUAUGGCCCAGAGCUCAGAAGAACUGCAGGAAUACAGGAAUCGGACCGAUGUCGCUUCUCUGCUUGCAAAUUUGACUGUCUACUGCGGUGAAACAGUGGAUUUCGACAAUUUCUGGAUAAUACGAGAUGCUCUGCUGAUUGAGGCGAGUUAUGUUCGUUAA